AUGGCACCCAUUACAAACAUCACCACGGCCAUCAUCGACGCUCUCAACCAGGCACGAGCAGCCACCGACCCCUCCUCGCCGGUCAACCUGACCGUCAACAACAUAAAUCAAGUCCAGCCACCCACUUCUCCAUCCGGACCCUUCAGCAACUCCUUGCUGAUCUCUAUCCUCACCUUCUUCGCAGCACUAGCGAACAUCUGGCUCGGUCUGGGCGGCACAGGCGUCAUCGCCAUCAUUCUCUUUCUUGUCCAGUGCUACAAGAAAGGGAAAUGGCCGCAGUCUCCCGAAGAAGACCAGGUGGAGUUGACCAGGGAGCAUGUCGAGCUAACCCGCGAGCUCCUGGAGGUGACCAAGAGAAUAGAGGAAGGUCGAUUUGACUACGAGUCCAGUGCCAAGGAGCAUCAUGACCGGCAAGGACGCCAGAUGGAUCUCCUGCUCAAGCACUUCAGCAUCAAGGACCGGCCGUGCCUUCAUUCGAAUUGGGAGGGCCAUGGGGCGUACUGCACACCCGAACGGAACUUGAACUGGAGGUACGAUGCUUGGGAUUGGGAUUCUGAGAAGCGGGACAUCGACUGGUCGGUUUUUGGGAGUCGGGAGAACCUGAUUCCUUUCGAUAGCUGGUCUGAGCAACGAACGGAGUCGGGUGGGGAACAGCGGAGUGGUGGUGCGGGCUUGGAAAGCGACGAGUUGGUGAACAGCCUGCCUAGUGGCUGGAUCAGAGUGUCGGAGUCGGUGGUUGAAAACCAGAUCGUGACGGAUUGGGGGAACCACGAGAAGAUGGUUUGGUUGGAAGGUGUUGAGGAAGGUUUGGCUGGACUACCUCUUUAUCACGGCACAACAAAAUUGAAAGCUUCUUGA